UUUUGGGGUUACACCCAAACCAAUUACACUAUGAUGCAUCACACCCUGUAAUUCUACCCAAACAAUACGAACUCUUUCUCGAAAACCAGCUGCAGCUCAUCUCCAUUUCGCUAACCAGAAGCCGUCGAUUCACUCGGAAAAAGAUUAGGUGUAAAUGCUCCAUAUGUUCGAGAGUUAAGAUUUCAUCUUCUUUUGCAAAAUAUGGCUGGGAAAGCAGUAAAAUCUGUUGCAAAAGCAGUGGGAGAAUACCAGUAUCCAUGGCGAGAGAAGUUGGCAAAGUACAAAGAUGAGCUUUCAAAAGGUGUGUGGGGUUACUGGGAGCUUGGGGCUUGGAAACCUCUUAGUAUCAGUGCAAGACGCCGAGCUCGACUCCGCAAGGAAGUCCUGCUUGCUGGAGCAGAUUGGGAGUUUGAUGCUGAAAGGAAGGAGAUGAGGACCAAGAGAAAAGGGCAUAAGGUUGAUCGUUUAGCUGCUGAAAAGCGAGAACGUACAGCGGAGCUCAUGGAGGCUAUGCCCCAGAUGUUGGCGGAUUAUAGGAAGAGAAGGUGGGAGAGGAAGAUGAAAGCAGAAGACGAUGCUGCUAAAAAAGCAUUGCAGGAGUAGUUCCAAUUCUACCCUUUUCAUGGUGUUAAAUUGGACGUUUGCAUUUGUUUAGCGUCACCCUGAAGAUUUCAUGUUUGCUUUUGUUAUGACAUAUGGAUUAUUAAUGAGCCUUCAAUUUCACCAAGUCGCUAUUUCUUUUUCAUUUUUAGAGCAUUGGUAUAUGGCCUGCUAGAAAUAUGCUGCCUUGUACUUGAGAUGCUAAUGAUUUCUGGCAUUCUUGUAUGAAUUUUUUGUAAGCAAAUAGAAGAAAUUCAGUUGCUUC